AUGAGCCAACCGCAAUUUGAAGCGAAAAUCAUUCCGACAAAAGAGGAGUACGCCCGGCUUGUCGAUGUGCUGUGGGCGGCCAACUUCAACCCGUACAAUCCCAUUUUCACUGCUGUCCACCCAAUCAGUGGUCACACCCCCGAAGAUCGCGCUCGAGACAAAGCACUGGACACCGAGAUUCGCUGGAAUGCAAGCGAGAAGAAUCCAUUCUCGCACUUAAUCUAUGUCAUCGAUAACAGUACAGGCGAAGUAGCGGGCGGCUGCGAAUGGCUUAUUUUCCGCGAAAAUCCGUUUCCGAAUGGACCCCAACCUAUCAAGUGCACCUGGUAUCCCGAAGGAACGGAGCGUGCCGAGUACGCCGAGUGCAUGCUCUCCCAGGCCUUUUUUCCAAGGCAGUCAUGGCUUCAGCGCCCGCAUGCGGGUGUCAAUGCCAUGGGCGUGCAUCCGAACUAUAGGCGGCGCGGGGUUGGCCGACUUCUUAUGGAGUGGGGUCAUGAGAGGAUCGACCCGCUGGGAUACGAGAGUUUCAUCGAGGGGUAG